AUGGUUCGGCGAAGCGCAUCGAGCAAAUUUCCUAUUGCGCGCAUCAAGCGCAUUAUGCAGGCGGACGAAGAUGUGGGCAAGGUCGCACAAGCGACGCCUGUGGUCAUUUCCAAAGCGCUCGAGCUGUUUAUUCAGGACAUUGUCGAGACAGCGGUUGAGCAGACGCGCAAGACUGGCGGCAAACGCGUUGCGCCGUAUCAUUUGAAACGCGCCGCUCUCAUGACCGAAACCUUUGACUUUUUACGUGACAUACUCGAAAAGGUACCAGAUCCGCUUGAGUCUGCCACGCCCCGUGGUACGAAGCGACGCAAGACAGCGAAAGCUACGACGGAGGAGGAUCCUGUGCAGAUCAAGGUGCCGAAAUCUGAAGAAAACGCCCCAACCGUACCAGAGGACGACGAGGAAGAACAUGUGCCCGUGUCCAAGUAUGAUCCCGUCCACGAUGCAUGCGUCGCCGUGUCUGAACCCGAGCAGGAACCCGAGCAGGAACCCGAGCAGGAACCCAAGCAGGAACCCAAGCAGGAACCCAAGCAGGAACUUGAACAGGAGCCCGAACAGGAACCCAAGCAGGAGCUUAAGCAGGAGCCCGAACAGGAACCCGAACAAGAACCCGAACAAGAACAAGAACCCAAGCAGGAAGAGAAGGACCUCGCAUAA